GGGUGUUGCUAAUGCUUUGGAUGUACCACGAUUGGCGGACAAAAUAACUUCAAUGUGUGUCCUCGGGUGUGCGCCAUGGUCAUGGCAUGAUCAAAGGAUUCCAGGACUUUCCGGCUGACACUGGCUGCUGCACUAGAUUCGGAGAAUCCACAUUCAACACCGCCCCCGAUACCAAACCCACCGCCGCCGAUUUUUCUUUAGACGAUUUGCUCCGUUCGGCAUCCCAAUUAGCUACUGAACGCGCGCUCUACAUGAACAUUCCCACAAGUACUCCUUCUCCGCGAGCAUCACACGACAGCCCCAGCUCGCGACUGCACUUCGUCCAGUCGCCUCUUCUCGAUGACCCCUGCAGCUCACCGGGCAUGAGCCAACAGUCAUACAGUGGGAGUGAGGGGGACUGGGACCGGGAUUUCAAUCUGGGUGAGCCGGUUCAGUUCUACGGACUCUCCGAUAUUGGGUUUCCCGACUCAGUCUCACUGCAUCACGCGCUGGACGAUGGACUGGUUCAACCUCCGUUUGGCGACCCACUGCCCACUAUCAGCAACGCAGAAGCAAGCAGCAAAAGCCUGUCCAGGGAAAUUAGCUUCACCAUGGACUUGGACGAAAAUGGGCUUACCCCGCUGGAAAUGCCGGAUGGAAGCACCCGUUUCACGGCCAACUGGCUCCCCGUGGACCCCGAAGGUGGAUUCACCAUCCGAGCACCACCCACCGCGCGCAAGCCUGAGCCCAACAGCGAUAGCAAUCACCAGAUGGCGCAAGACACUGGAGACUAUCUCUUCGCACGAAACGCUUUCAUCUCUAUCCCGACGGUUACCGGUCUAUCGUCCACGGCAGUAUGAGCUGAUUGACACAGAACUCAGUCGACUACGCACCUGCGGAGCACCGCAGCAUCUGCACUGCACCCAGCCACUAGAUUGCGGGCCACCACCGACCGGGCCGCCCGAUUCGUCCACCCGACCAUCGCGCCGGUCGCAGCGGCGCCGGAGAAAUUCACGGACGUUGCGCCAAUCAAUGCCCCAGCUUCAAGCAAAACAAUCUCUCAGAGGGGGACGCGAUUCCCCUUAGUGUGCAGCCCAGCAUUCAAUAAGCCCACACCCUCCUCUCUCUCUCUCUCUCUCUCUCUCUCCCUAGUUACUGAGUGCUGCGUGCUGACGCUCUGC